AUGUUCUUUUGGGCGAAUAUUGCAGCCUACGGGCUCUUGGCGGUCAUUGGGCUUAAUCUCAUCUAUCAGUGGCUUUUUAAGAAACUGAACAGAACUCAGCCCCCUCUAGUCUUCCACUGGAUUCCGUUUUUGGGCAGCACAAUCAACUACGGAAUAGAUCCUUAUAAGUUUUUCUUUUCUUGUCGCGAGAAGCAUGGCGAUAUUUUCACCUUUGUCCUUCUAGGCCGCCGAAUCACUGUCUACUUGGGUGUGCAGGGCAAUGAGUUUAUCCUCAAUGGCAAGUUGAAAGAUGUAAAUGCAGAGGAGGUCUACAGCCCUUUGACAACUCCAGUAUUUGGGUCUGAUGUGGUAUACGACUGUCCCAACUCUAAGCUGAUGGAGCAAAAGAAAUUCAUCAAAUUCGGGUUGACCCAAUCAGCACUGGAAUCCCAUGUCCAGCUCAUUGAAGCAGAGGUGCUCAAUUACCUAGACACAUCACCCAAUUUUCACGGUGCAUCUGGUGUGGUGGAUAUUUCGGCUGCCAUGGCUGAGAUUACCAUUUUUACUGCUGCCCGAGCCCUACAGGGCGAAGAGGUCCGUUCAAAAUUGACUGCUGAGUUCGCGGAAUUGUAUCAUGACCUGGACAAGGGGUUCACCCCAAUAAAUUUCAUGUUCCCAUGGGCUCCUUUACCGCAUAAUAAAAAGCGAGAUGCUGCGCAUGCGCGAAUGCGUGCCAUUUAUAUGGAUAUCAUAAACAAGCGACGUCAGGCGGGAGAUGAGGUCACACAGUCUUCAGAUAUGAUUUGGAACUUAAUGCGCUGCACCUACAAGAAUGGACACCCAGUCCCUGACAAGGAAAUUGCUCACAUGAUGAUCACACUACUUAUGGCAGGCCAGCACUCAUCUUCAUCUAUCGGCUCCUGGAUUAUGUUACGGCUGGCGUCUGAACCUCUGAUGAUUGAGGAGCUCUAUCAGGAACAGGUAGCAAACCUUGGCUAUAGCGGCCCUAACAACUGUUUUGCGCCAAUCCAAUACAAGGACUUAAACCGUCUACCACUCCACCAAAAUGUCAUUAAGGAGACGCUUCGCCUGCAUCUAUCCAUCCACUCCUUGAUGCGCAAGGUGAAAAACCCAUUAUCUGUUCCCGGUACUCCCUAUGUUAUCCCUACAACGCAUACCCUCCUUGCUUCCCCGGGUGUUACGGCACUAAGUGACCAACACUUCCCCAAUGCCCAACUAUGGGAUCCUCAUCGCUGGGAUAAUAACCAGGCAGAUCGGGAUGAGGACAACGACGAGAUGGUUGACUACGGUUACGGCGCUGUAUCCAAGGGCACGGCCAGCCCCUACCUCCCCUUUGGAGCAGGUCGGCAUCGCUGUAUUGGCGAGAAAUUUGCCUAUGUCAACCUCACUGUUAUUGUAGCGACUAUGGUGCGCCACAUUAGGCUGUUUAACGUCGAUGGGAUGAAAGGGGUACCGGCAACUGACUACUCAUCUCUUUUCUCGGGGCCUGUAAAACCGAGUCAUAUCAGGUGGGAAAGGCGAACCCCCGUAUAG